CCGGGUUAGCGGCGGAACUUGUUGUUAGCGUUUGCCAGGCGCUGGACGACAAGGACACUUCAAGUGAUUUCCUCUUCGUUGGGCUGGUGGGCGCCAUGGCGCUACGGGGCAUCCGAGUCGUAGAGCUGGCUGGCCUGGCCCCAGCCCCGUUUUGUGGCAUGGUCCUGGCGGACUUCGGGGCGCAGGUGGUGCGCGUGGACCGGCCCGGCUGGCUUGGCGACAGGAAUCUCUUGGCCCGGGGCAAGCGCUCGCUGGUUCUGGACCUGAAGCGGCCUCAGGGAGUGGCGGUGCUGCGGCGCCUGUGCUCCAGAGCGGACGUGGUCCUGGAGCCCUUCCGCCAUGGUGUUAUGGAGAAAUUACAGCUUGGCCCAGAGAUUGUGCAGCGAGAAAAUCCAAAGCUUAUCUAUGCCAGGUUGAGUGGAUUUGGCCAAUCAGGAAGAUUCUGUAAAGUAGCAGGUCAUGAUAUCAACUAUUUGGCUUUGUCAGGUGUUCUGUCGAGAAUUGGCAGAAGUGGUGAGAAUCCAUAUGCACCGCUGAAUCUCCUGGCUGACUUUGCAGGUGGUGGCCUCAUGUGCGCAUUGGGUAUUAUGAUGGCUCUUUUUGAACGUACUCGCACAGGCAAAGGUCAGGUCAUUGAUGCAAACAUGGUGGAAGGAACAGCAUAUUUAAGUUCUUUUCUGUGGCAAACACAAAGCACCGGACUGUGGCCACAGCCUCGAGGACAGAACAUGUUAGAUGGUGGGGCACCUUUCUACACAACUUACAAGACCGCAGAUGGGGAGUUCAUGGCUGUCGGAGCAAUAGAACCCCAGUUCUAUGCACUGCUGAUCAAAGGACUUGGGCUGAAUUCUCAUGAACUUCCUGAUCAGAUGAGCAUGACUGAUUGGCCAGAAAUGAAGAAGAAAUUUGCAGAUGCAUUUGCAAAGAAGACAAAGGCAGAGUGGUGUCAGAUCUUCGACGGCACAGAUGCAUGUGUGACUCCGGUUCUGACUUUUGAAGAGGCUGCCCACCAUGAUCAUAACAGAGAACGGGGCUCAUUUAUCACCAAUGGGGAGCUGGGCAUGAGUCCCCGCCCUGCACCUCUGCUGUCAAGCACCCCAGCAAUCCCUUCUUCCAAAAGAAAUCCUUUCAUAGGAGAACACACUGAAGAGAUACUUAAAGAAUUUGGGUUCAGCCAGGAAGAGAUUGUUAAGCUUUAUUCAGAUAAAAUUGUUGAGAGUAAUAAACCAAAAGCUAAUCUCUGACUUCCAGCCCCACACUUCAAGUGAGUUUGAAUAUUACAUAUACAGUAUAGAAUAAUACCUAAGAUUGUAUGCAUGGAAGUGUGAAAGAACACUAUCACAGUGGGGCAUCUCUCCUAAUUAAGAAAUAAUUGAAGACUCUGAUUAUAUAGUAAUGAUUGAAUUUUGAAAAUGGAUAGCAUCAGGGCUUUUGAUUCAGGAAUGAUUUCUGACAGUUUUCAUGCCUUCCAAUUUAUCUAAUGGAAUAUAUUUGUUGAUACUAAAAUACUUAAAUGCAUAAUAUAUAUUUUAAGUGAAUUAAUGUAAUACAUUUUAUUAAAUAAAGCUUUUAUUUUUUACUAA